UCGUUCCGGGACGUUGUCACUGACGCUCCGUGGUCGCCGGGGCCGGCGGCGCGGAGCCGCGGGGGGAUCCCGGCCGGAUUCUAAAAAUGGAGUGGGGAGGAGAGUAUUCUUUUGAUUCUUCCAAUUUAGACUGUUUGUUGAAUGUCCUCCCUGGAGAAUUGGAAUUUCAACAAAUCCUUAGCGAUCUUGAUGAAAAAAUAAAGAAGAACUCUUCCAGCAUAGAAAAGUGUCUUAAGGACCUGCAAUCAGACGUAAAUGAAAUAUGUACUGAUGAAGUACUACAAAGCACAACUGACUGCAUUCAAUGGCUAAAUAACUGCAAUUUUAGUUCUCUCAGACCUUCUUCUACAGACCAUGGAGAGCUGCUGGAGUUCCUUAAGACCCUGCAAAGCUUGCUGAAGAAUGAAAAAAAUCAAGAAGAAAUGGUACUUCACUUCCUUCUGGAUCUGUCUAGUCAGUGUGGUGUCUCAUUUCCCUGUACGGCAAGCGGGACGUCUUUUGAGUUAACAUCUUCCCUUCAUACUAUUCAGGAUGAUUCAGCUGUGGAUAUGAAAUCUCUCUGGGAUGAUGUGAGAUUGCAUCUUCGACAAUUUUUAGUAAAUAGACUGCAAAGUCAAGAAGAAACAAACGCUAAUGCUUUGCAACAACAAAUGGAGUUUAAAACUCAGUGUGUACAGCAGCUUUUGUUUCUUUAUCCCAAAUCAGAAGUCUUAUUGAAGUACCAAAAUAUGCAGAAUAAACUGGUUAGUGAUCUUCUGCAGAACUGUAUUUUGUCUAGUUGUGGUGAAACAAAUUUUGAUAAGGUGGUUCAUGGUUGCCAAAGUUCUAUACCCAGAUUGUGCGCAAUGAUAAAAGAGGAUUUGUAUAUACUAAGUGGAACUAUUGGUCCAUCUUCAUCAUUAAAGUUUAUUAAUGAAACUUAUCUGGAUACCAUCACCGAAGAAAUGACUGUUCUUCUUGAAAGACUUUGUGAGCUGCAGUUCAAAGAAAAUGCUCUACAUGCAGUUAAAGCAAACAAGAUCUCAAAGAAGCAUAGAGGAACUGUUCACUCUGUGGCCUCCCAGGAGUACCACAGGAAAGGACGGAACUUCUGCUUAACCUUGUAUCAACUCAAAUGUCUUUCUCAACUUAUCAAACUCUUUUUAUUAAUGGAAGAAAAAAUUGAAGAGCUCUCUACAGAAAUUCUGCUGCUGCCUUCAUUUACAGAGAGGAAUAAGAAUGUUCAAGGAGUUCUGAAGAGAGCUAGUGGGGAGCUUUUAAUAGGAGAAACCAGAGCAAAUGAAACCAGCGUGCUUCCUGAACAGUUACUUCAGGUAGAAGAGCCUAUUUUACUGAGUUUUGGCUGGAGAAACGCAUUUAAAGACCUGUCUUCUUCCGUGGCUCACUGUAUAACAAUAGCAAUUGAGGAUUUUUCAUCUAAAAUUCUUCAACAUGAGCAGAAAGAAGAGUUUUCAGCUGCAGGCUGUGCAAUGAGUCUUGUAAACAACCACCAAAUGAAGGAGUCCUGCAGAGCAGUCCAACAGGAGGAGCAACCAAAACGAAUUGCUAAGUUUUGUUCUGACAUCAUGGAAGAACUCGACACAUUGCUUCCAUUGGCUCUGGCCUGCAGAGAUGAUUCUCUUCAGGAAAUUAGAACAAACUUUGUAGAGGCCUGCAGCAAAGUGGCAACAGCUGUUUUGGCAAGACUGGAGGAGAAAAGCAGAGAUGUUCCCUCGAAGGCUCCCCUGCAAGACCUGUAUGCUGCCCUUUCCACAGCAAUAUAUGUCUUCCAGCAUUUUACAAUGUACAGCAAUUUAAUGAGAGAAACAAGCAAAAAACCCCUGUUCCUAGUGCCUGUCCAAAAAUACCAGGAAUUCAUCAACAUUCUCCAGUUUCAAGUUACGAACUACUGCAUCAGCGUUUGUGCUACAAGCAUUUUACAGGAUGCUGAGAGCCACUACUGGGAUGACUGCAAAGCUUUUUAUGAGGGGGAAAGAUGCUCGUUCUCUGUCCAGAUGUGGCAUUACUUCUGCUGUGCUCUUCAUCAUGAUCUAUGGACCAUUCUACCUCCAAAGACAGCCCAGGAGAUUCUUACAGAUGUACUAGAGCGAUCUUUGGAUAUUCUGGCCUCCAGAUACUGUCAGGUGUGUCCGAGUUACAAAAGAACACCACAAAUCAGAAUUGAUAUUGCAGCAAUUUUGAUGUCCACUGAAGAUAUGCUCUGGUCAAUUUGUAGUUCUGUACAGGAGUUUCUAAAUCCACAGCAAGACAGAGAUCUCAGGAUCUGUAAAAUACAUAGCCACUGCAAUAGUCUGAUCUCUGUGCUGGCUAUUUUAACUUCACCCCUGAAGAAUUUGUAUGAGACAUUUCUGGAUAAUUCUGAUGAACAUCUUCCUCAAGAUUUUUCAGAAGUCUUUUAUCAUCCAUUGCACUGGUUAUUUUGCAUACCAUCAUCCUGUUUUUUCCUUCUGAAGACUCCAUCAGCCAGAGAAAUGGCACCCCAAGGUCUGCUGAAGCUGCUCUUAUCCCAGCCAUACUGUAAUUUGAACUUGCUCUUGGAAACAUUGCUACACCAGGAUUGUGUCUUAGUGAAAAUUUUGCUGAGAAGCUCAAGAAAUGAAGCAUUAAAUUGUGAUGAACAAAGUUCUCUCUUGGAACAGGAAAAUAACAAAGAGCCUACUCUGAUUGAAACAAUCUUCACAGUAUUGUCUUACUGCACUUUAUCACCCAAAUCUCUUGGCAUUGCUUUUGAGUCCUACAUGGAAAAAGAGCUGCUUUGGAACUGCUUAUACAAUAUGACAGUUUCCAGUUGUGGUGACUCGGAGCCAGAAGUGAUCAGAUGCUUGAAGUUGACUUUGAUUAAUUCAGUCAAGGGUAUUGUGAAACAGAUAAUUUCUUUGAUGCAUUCAUGGGAGGCAACAGAAAACUAUGGAACAUACCAGCACAAGCAAAUAGUUCCUGAAAGUUUACUGAAAACUGUUCCAAAGGAAUGGAAUUAUACUCCUCGGGAAAUGAAGAGAAAAGAAUCUGGGAAAUGCUUCACAAGGCUUGCAGCUCAAGCAGUAUCUAUUGUAAUCAGCAAGUUACCUACAGUGAUUGCAUGUUUGCCUCCCCCAAUUAAAUACUUCUUUUUUCUGGCUGAGAGAAAAAUGUCAAGAAACUUCGCUGAAUUGAAGAAAGCUGGUCUCCUUGUCUGGAACUUAAUUGUAAUUAUAUGUCGGAUAUUUGAGGAUGGAAAUACUGCAGAAUUUUUAACAGGUGCAACACUUGACAGAUGGAGCAAAGAAAAACUCAGUUUAGUUCGUGUGUGCUUAGAAAGUAUUAUGGGAAAACAGAAAAGUGGUCCUAAGCAAGUGACCCAGAAGAUUAUACAAAGCAUUGAACAGCAGAGACCAAACUGGAUUGAAAGCCAGUUGCUGAAGGCAAGAAAAUUGAGCAUAGACUGUGCCUCAGUCACAGUUAAAGGUGCGACUUUAGAGGAAGGAGGUAUUGCACGUGGAUUCACUGAGCAUAAUAUAAGCAUGAUGGUCCUGGAUAUCUGCCACAAAACAGGUGGUAGCAAGUACCUGAGGCAAAUUUAUCACAUCAUCCGGCUCAAUGAGGAAUAUUUGAAAGAGCAGCUGUCUUGUGAGAAUUCUUCUGAAGAUGGUGUUACCUCAAGUCAAUGCCUGCCUUUGACACUGAAAGGCAGAGAAGAGCAGCCUGUCUUCAACCCUUUCCAGGUGUACAGACAAUCUUGUGCAAAAGUAUUCAAUCAGUCAGCCAUUACUGAAUGGAACUGGGAUUGGUCAAACUUGCUGCCGGGUUAUUUGGGACUGAAUCAGAUGGCCUUCAGGAUACUGCUGUCACACAGGUGGGAGAUGAAAGAAGACGCAGAUCUUGAAGACGAGGAGGAUGUUAUGGUGGAACACUUAAAAAAUGUUUAUUUGACACAAAGGACUCCUGUCUCAGAGGAUAAAGAAGAACAAUUACCUUGACAGAUUCUGGGUAGCACCUUUCUUCUGCAUUCAACAAGAUUAACUUAAGUCAUAAAUCAUAGGACUAGAAAGCUCAGAAAUAUGUAUCUUGAGUAGUAGUUCUAAACUAAAGAGCUCUCCUGUUACUGUCCGGGCACCCCAUCCAGGAAGCAAUUGUUCACACAUGCAUAAGGUGAGGAAAAGAAAAAUGUCAAUGUCACAUAACAAAGAGGUUGUAUCUCAGUACUGCAGAGGCACAAACCUGAAUGACAAACUAAGAAUUGUUUCAAAAAUAUAAAACUCACUCUGAAAAUAAUGCAAUUUUAGACACAGGCUAAGCAAAUGCUUCUGGUUUCCAUCCAUCACUUUGGAGUUGGAGUCAGCCUGCCCCCACUCAAGGACCCUGUCUCUCCUUUGGUGCUUGUUUAUUAAAUCACCCAAAAUACAUGAAAAGGGACAGGUAUAGUCCAUACACCUUUCAGUGCUUUUUGAGCUGCUCCAGGAUGUCUGCUUGACCAUUAUUCCUAAUUAAAAAUGAAUCAGCAUUACUGUCCUCACAAAUCCUUACUUAACAUCCCAUGUAUUUUAUGGCAGAAAAAACACAUUAUAGAGGCAUUUUAGAAGUUUUGAGAAGCAUCUUUUUAUUUAAAAGAAUUAUUAGCAAGCAGUGCUCAGAUGAUUGUCUUACAGUGAAUUGAGAAAAUAAUAAAUAAUUUAAUAUUUAUUUUUCUGUAAAUGUAAAAUUUCAUAUUCAAAGUAAUCCUGGUUUGAUAUUCAAAAUUUUAUGAAUAUUAAAUAUUUUUCUGAAUACUAAAUAUUUUUCUUACACACUGGUUAAAACUAUCAACAUUUUUCAUACAGAAGGUAUGGGUAGUAUCUCUUCUGCUCUGCAAGAAAAAUACAUCAUUUUUCUGUAAGUUUCUUUCAUUAGGAGUCCAGUGGAACUAUUUUUUUCUGCCUGAUGAAGGGCUCUGGCAGGAUCUUGCUAAGGGUGCAAUCUGAGCAGAGUUAUUCAUGUUGCCAGCACAUCUUCACACAGAUGCUAUUAUGGACAUAACUUAGACCACUUCAAUAGGAUGAAGGCAUGUUUUUUUCCCUGAAGGCUUCAGCAGCAUCAUGGGUAACCAUAUUACUAAUGCUGAUUUAGGGUCUUAUCUAAAAUGCAGGUUUUUCUCCUCUUAAUUGCUCUUUUUUCUUCUCAUAUAAAGCACAAGACCAUUUAAAAUGAACAUGUGGACAAUUGAAUCUUACAAAUCUCCAAAGAUCUUGUUACAGCUCUGCAACAAAAAAGGGCUGUGAGGCACUGGAGCCUAAAAAAUGCUCAAAAUAUUAAUUAAAGAACAAAGUAGACAUUUUCCUCUACUUCCAGUGUAGUAAUUUCAGAUUAUAAAGGAAGUGAUGAAGUGUAAAAACUAUUUACCUUUGCUUUGUAUUUCAACUUUGAAGAUUAGUGGUGGGCUUUAGAUUUAAAACAUGCCUACAGAGAUCUUCCAUGACAGCAGGUUUGGUAUUCUGCCAAUGAGGCACACAUAUUCCAAGCCAUACAAAUAAUGUGUUAAUGUACAUGGAAAUUGGAGUUCAGAAUAUUCUCUCCUAUUUUACCAAAAUCUAUUGUACAUAAUUUACUUCUUGUAUAGUCACAUGAAGUGCCUAUGUGGUGAAACUGAAAUACUUCUUGUGAAAAUGCUCCCCUUCUGGGAAAUACCUACUCUGAGGAGGACAAAUUUUGCAAGUGAAUAAGCUAAUAGAGAAUAAACCCCCUCACAUUUAAGUGGGAAUAUCCAUACAGUCACUUAUCAACACUCCUGCUCAAUUCGGUGUCAUCUGCAAACUGGCUGAGGACGCCCUCUAGUCCUUGUCCAAAUAUUUGAUAAAGAUAUUAAACAGGAUGGUCUCCAAUACAGAGCCUUGGGGAAGCCUGCUUAUGACUGGCCAAUGAUUAACAUGCAUAAGAACAUUAACAACAUAAAAGUUGAAUCUUUGCACACUAUUUUAAUCUGAUGUUGUUCCUAUCCAAACCUAUACAUGCAUCUUUUAAGGUAUCUGAGUGCAAGCAAAUAUAUAUUUCAAAUUGUACUUGACCCACAGUCCUGCUGAGAAAUAUCAGGGCUUGGUCUUGCUGGCAGUGUAACCAUUCCUAAUAACUUCUAGGGUAUAAAAGAGACAUCAUGUUGGCAAUAUUACUUAAUGUUGAAUACCCACUUCUACAACAUUCCUAUUUGUUCAAUAAAAUUACAGUAAUAAUAAGAAUUGUACAACCAAGAUUGCUAAGUAACAUGCCAUUAAUUUACCAAGACUGCUUUCUUUAAAGUUAAACAUUUAACUGAAAAUUGAAAGAGCUGACCAUUUUUCCAUUGUGUAGAUGUAUUCCAUAGAUGCUUGGGUGUAAAAUUAGGAAUACUUUUAUAACUGUAAGAUUGCUUCUUUGGUAUUUCUUCAUUAAAAAAUAUAUUCUAUAUUAUUUUAGAAGUUCUGCUGAUUCUAAAAUUGAUUUAAGAUUAAAUUAAUUUUUAAGAAUAAUGCAAUGUCCUGGCUCUUUGACACCACUUACAGAUCCAGUAAUGUCUCUCUCACAUGUAUGUUUAGCCUAAAUAAGUGAAAGCAACAGGAGUCAGAUUUGUUGGCUGCAGUAUGGGCCCCAAGUUUCAUGACCACUGAAAUCUGAAUUAAUUCCUCCUGAAAAGCUGGUCAAAAAUAAGAACUAAAGUCUGUUGUGUACAACAGACCUUUCUGAGUGGGCAAGAGCUGGCCUCACUGGCUUAACUGAAUUAACUCAAAAGGAAGUUAUUGCAUUUAUAGAAAUUAAUUGGAUCUGAUAGCACAAACUAGGUUAACUAUACAUUACCAUUAAUGCUCAUACCUAAUUAUCAUUUAACAAUUUAAUAUACUUAGCUCCUUUUAUAAAACAGGCUUCAAUAGGAGACUUCGUGGCAAGGAAUAUCUCUAAUUAGGUUUGUUUAAUGUCCCCUUCAGAAUGCUCCAAAUCUUCACAUCUUUCAUCUUUUGAAAGGUAAUUAAUAAAAUUGGAAGCAGGGCAAAACUGAAAUUGCAUUAAUAAUAAUGAUGAAACUCAAAAAGAGGGGAGAAAGAGAGAUAUUUUGGGAACAGACUAACAUUUAGACACAGCCCUGUUUUCUAAUGACUGCUGUCCUGACAGACAUAGGCCAUGCUUUAUUCUGGGAGAGGGAAUUUGAUGUGUAUCUAUGCUAUUUGCUGAGGAAAUAUGCACGAUGGCAAAUGGAUGUUCUCUGAUUCACCUCUACAUCAUCACAGCAGUGCAUGGCAGGCACCUUCUUCCAAUUAGCUUCUGCUGGUAGAAAUAUUCAAUUUCCCUCUCAGCUGGGAGGUCUUCAUAAAGUUCUAGUGAGUCUUAUGUACAGUAAAACAUCAAUUAUAUGCAGAUACAGUAUCUUAUAUUAUUUUAUGGAGCUCCUAAAAAUAUGUGCAAUCAUUUCUACUGACGAGCACUACUCACACUCCCAAGGCAACAGUUCAAAGACAGAGGGAUUAGAUACAUUGCUCAAUUAGACAUGAAACGAGAGAAUAACUUGAUGGCAACAGGGAGAUUUCUAAGAGACUAGGUAGCUCUUGAGGAGGUUAUUGUUGGAGGAAAGCCACUUUUCUGUAGUAAUUUUCCAUAUUGUAAACAGUGUUAUGAAUGGAAUCAGAAUCUCUAAACUAUUCUAGGUGUAAUGAGUAAAGGCAAGCUUGCUUUAUCCUCUACCUUUGGACUCCAGCACUUGAAAUGCAGACUAAACUAACUGACAUUCUCAGGAAGUACAAGAAAAGCAUGCAAGGUCUUGAGCAGGUGGGCCUAAAGACCUUGUAACACCCAUCAGCAAAAUGAUGGAGGAACCAGAUUAUUCCUCUUUAGCAGCAUCAAUUGAGAACAGACUGUUACCAAUUAUUGCAGCAAGUGAAACAAUAUGGUGCUGACAUAAAAACAUUAAGGAUUCGUGCAAAGAAGUAAAAAUAAAUCCAAAAAUCCAAUCUUUUUUUUUUUUUUUUUUUCCUGAAGAAAGUGAUUCUAUAACAUGUGUCUCGGGAAGAAGUGGCAACUAUCAAAUAUUAAUGAGUAAAGUGCUCUUCUGAAUUAAGACUGUAUCUCUAAAUUUAAUAAACAACUAUCCCUAAACUGACAAGAAGUCACUGAAAUCAUGGCUGGUCUAAAUUUCACUACUGGAUGAAGACCUUUAUAUCCAUGACAACUUCACCUGUUAGUAGGUUGCAAACAUAUCUGAGAAGACACAAUGUAAUGUCUCCUACUGAAGAAAGUGUGUUUAUGUUAAAAUACCUCAUUAUACAUUUUCUGCCUAUCUGGUAAAACUGACUGAAGAACCUUUUGUGAGAAACCUCCACUUCUGGGGAACUCUUAUUUGGAAUAAAAUACAUUUUGCAAGUGAAAUAAUAUAAUCCAGAGUAAACAUCCUCCUUUACUCUUACAGGUGAAUGUCAGUCCAUGGAGCUUUUCCAAAUGAGCUGCUGACCUUCACAUUCACACAGCUUGUAAACAGUCACACUGGAAAAAAAAAAAC